AUGAAGGUGUUCCUCGUUACCGUCUUCCUGGCGCUCAUAGCCACCACCUAUGCCGGUUACAUAAGCAGCGGCUGGUCCGGUGGCGGUGGAGGUGGUGGCUGGUCCGGCGGCGGCGGUGGCGGCGGCUGGAAGUUGGGAGGCGGUGGAGGGGGAUGGUCCGGAGGUGGUGGCGGCUGGAACGGCGGCGGCGGUAGCGGCGGUGGCGGAAAGAUCAUCAAGGUGAUCACCGUUAGCGGCGGAGGCGGUGGAUGGCCCAGCGGUGGCGGCGGCGGCGGAUGGUCCGGUGGGGGAGGCGGUGGAUGGCCCAGCGGCGGCGGAGGAGGAUGGAAACUCGGAGGCGGCGGUGGCGGAUGGAACGGCGGCGGUGGUGGAUGGAGCGGCGGCGGUGGAAGUGGCUGGUGGUAAGAGACGCCGGGGAUCCGAGGAUAAUUAGAAGGAAAUUUGCUCACCGAUCACCAACCGCACAUCUUGGCUGUAAUCACCGAUUGUCGGUUCACGAAGAGGCCCUGACCCGUCCCACGAUUCUUUGGCAGAAACGACACAAAAGAGGAACACGCAUAAACGUCGAGGACCACGGCCGCCGCACGAUCCGCUGAACAAAAACACAGAGACGGCCAAGAACAACGAAAGAAGACACCCGCGGCUGCCUACCGGCUCGCUAACGCGCUGCCAAGACUUCAUUGUCUUCCGGCGACGAGCGCGAACGUCGUCCCGCGGAUGGUCCUCGGGAUCUAAAAGAUCGACGAUUCACAUUCGGUGAACCGGUCGAGGCUUCGUCGAGAGAGAGAGAGACCAUCUCACGAUCGCGUAUUUCCAUUCGAUUAUUCCGGCGCUUCCACGACAACUGUACAUACUCGAAAAUAUACUGAGGAGGAUCCGGGCUUCUCUUCGAUGAAAGAUUUAGCGAAUAAUGUAUCGUAGACUUUGCAAAUUGAGACACGAGAUCAAAAGUUUCACGGGCCCGUCAUCGCGCGGGCCGAAGAUUGGGCCACCCGAACGAUUGCAUUCUGCAGGAUUCUUUCUUUUGUACCUUUUUUUUUUUAUAAACUGCGUUUUCGACGAAACUACGUGCAACAAUUAAAUCUCAUUGACACGAA